ACAUCAUUUAUAAUGAAUUGAAAAUUUCAAUUACGAAAAAUCGGGCCAAAAUUACAUCAUCCACAAUUUUAUUUAUUUUUUUAAUUGUUUUAUCUGUUGAAAAUUUUCUUACGACCAUAGUAAUCGCAGCACAACAACAACAACAUAAACAGUCAAUAAUACCAUCUUCAGCUAUAAUAAACGGAAGUGUUGAGUUUUCACCAAUUACAAAUAGAACAUCGGAAUCGAUUGUUUCGAAUGCAAAAAACUCAUCAACAACAUCGUCGCCAUCGACAAGGGUCAAUAAUUUUGCUACAAAAAUCGGUACACUAUUAAAAAUUCUACAGAUUGUCAAUCAUGUUGCAUCAAUUUCAUCGACGGCUAGAGAAUCGUUAAUACGAAAUCAUCCGGUUGAAAAUCGAAAUGAUUCACAAAGUGAAACACGUUCAAUGUCCACAUGGUUUGGAUUUACCAAAAAAACGCCUGCAUCUACGAUUCGAAGAUCAAAUCAUCAACAUCAUCAUCAACAAAGUCAACAUUCGUUUAAUGAUCAAGCGACCAAUAUGCAAACUGCAAUGCACAGACCAACAUUUAUACCAAUAUCACAACCAUCAUUACCUCCACCCCAUCAUCCAUCAUUUCAAUCGUUUGAUUCACCUAAUCCGUUCCUUUUAAUACCACCAUUAUCUGAUACAAGCGCUAUUGAUUAUUGGCUGAAAUUAUUGGAAGAUCCUAAAUUCGAAGAACAAAUCAUGCCCAUCUUAUGGAGUGGUCGAAAUCAUCAUCGUUAUCAUAACAGAAAACCAUUUGAUUUUGAUGAUAAAUUUUUGUCAAAUUCUCAUCUGAACAAUAAUCCAUGGAUGGGUAAAAAAAAUCGAAAAUUUAAGAUAAAUUCACGCAAUAGUGAACAAUUAAAAUCAAAUCUAUCAAACAAAAGAAAAUAUAAUCAAGGAAAUAAAGAUGAAGAUGAUAAUGGUGAUCAUUAUGAAUAUGAUCCAAAUGGUUAUCCGGAUAAAUGGUCACUUCAAAACGAUAUAGAAAAUGGCUCAGAUUUUGAUAACAUAAUGAUGUUAACACCUAACGUUAGACCUAAUCAAAGAGAUAAAAAGCCUAAACCAUAUAUGUUAGAUAAUUUUAAUCAACAACAACAACAACAACAACUACAAAAUCAACAACAACAACAAUAUGAUACAACACCACGUUGUGAUAAAUUUACUGAAGAUAUUUGUAUCGAUGAUUUUGAAUAUCCAGAACAUGCAAUAUUGGAUGAAAUUUAUAAACGUAAAGAUAUUUUUCAAUUGAUGUAUGCUGAAGUAAAUGGCGAGGUUCCUUUGGUUGAUGGUAUUACCAAAGAUAUGGAUGAAAAUUUUUCACAAGAUUAUUAUUAUAACAAUAAUGAUCCUGAAGAUCCAGAUGAUGAUUAUCAUGAUGAUUUCAAUGGACCACAAACAUCUAAACGUCAUCAUUCAUCUACUAAUAAAUCAACAUCUUUGGAUUUUGAUGAAUCAAAUAAUCAUCAACAGAAUAGUCAUAAUAAAAAUUCUAUCGAACAUGGAUUUGUUUGUCGUACUGAAGUACUUUAUGCUAAACCUAAAUUGGCUAAAAAUCUAAAACGAAAAUGGCGUGUCAUUGUUAAUGCUGGUGAUUUUACACAAACAAUUCGGCUAGAAAAAUGUAAUAAAGCUAAUAGUGAAUGUAGAUAUAUAGCCGAUCAUAAAUAUGCAUCUAGAUGUGCACAGAUUCAUUCUAUACAUCGAUUAUUGGUGUUUGAAAAAGGAAAAGGUUUUUUUAUUGAUUCAUUUCGAAUUCCAACUGCAUGUGCAUGUCAUGUUUAUUCGGUUAAACAAACAAAUUCAAAUCCAAAUGAAAGUAAAAUAAAUGAUUUAAGAACAAAAAUUAGUAUCGGUGAUUCAAUGGAAUCGAAUAAAUCAUUAUGGUCAAUGUUAUCAAACAAUAAUAAUAAUAAUAAUAACAAUCCUGUACAAUCUUAUGAUGAUGACAAUGGAAACAAUAAUCAUCAUUCAAAUAAUGAUCGAGCACAGUCAUCGAAAUUAUAUUAUCAUAGCCAUACUAAUCAAAAUCAGGUUACAAAACAAAUGCAACAACAAUUAAAACAAGCAUUAAAUCUAUUGAAUAAUAAGGAAUUUUUUAAAUUAUUACCACAAUUAACAUCAAUCGACGCAACAACAUCGAUGAAUAGUAAAUGGGACGAUAAUAAUGAUGACAAUGUUUUAUUACAAAAAUUACUUGAAAAUUUGGCAACAACAUCAUCGACCACUGGAAAAGUACCUUCGAAUUUUUUACUAACAACAACAACAACAACUAAACCAAAUAAUAAUAAAAAUAAUCAUUAUAUGAAUGAUAAUAAUCAUCAUAUGAAUCGUUUUACAAUCAUACCGGAUUAUCAAUUCAAUCUUUCGGAUAUGAAUGAAGGAAAUAAAGCGGAUGAUGAUUUAUUAACAAAUGCUGAACAUAAUUUCGGUAUGACAACAAAUCCAAAUCAACGUAACAAACAACAUAUAUCAACAACGUUUGGUUCUAUAUCCGGACAUCAGCCCACAUCAGCACAAGCACCAGUAGUACAGGUAAUACAUAUGCCAGUAUCAACUAAUGGUUUAGAUAUACCAGCCACUGUUAAUCGAUUAGCACAUUGGCCAUAUCAAUUCGAUCAACAUGAUGAUCAACAUUCAAGUACUUCAUUAUCACUUUUAAUGCCAUCAUCAUCACAAUCACAAUCGCCAUCACAAUCAUCAUUGUCAAAGUAUUUGGCAUCAGCAAGCGAUAGCCAUUAUUUUCAACAACAACAACAGCAAAAAUCCAAAAUCAACAAUGACACUUUGGCAUACAAUAUGACAACUAUCCAAACAAAUAAUCACACAAUUUCCGACAUUUUAAAUGACAAUAACACAACUAUGGCCAUUGUAAAUGAAGAUGUGAAUCACCGUCAUGAUGAUGAUGAUGAUGAAACUAGAAAAGACGUUCAUGACAAUGAUAACAACAGUGAUGAUGACAAUACUAAAAUUAACUUUUCCUAUCAUCCAAUUCUUGAUUAUAUUGUCAAUUAGAUUCUUGAUGAUAGACAGCCAUUGAAAAAAAAACGAAUUGAAAAUCAUGUUGAAACAUGAAUGG